GUACCUAAUAAGUUUAGUACCCCCCCCCUCUAAACAGAGUACUGGUCGUGUGUUGUGUUACUUUGUGUCAGAUAUGAACGGGCCGGCAGGAGGAGAGCUGGACUACAAGCGGAAGUACAAGAAUCUCAAGCGCAAGCUCAAGUUUCUCAUCUAUGAGCAGGAAUGUUUUCAGGAGGAGCUACGGAGAGCACAGAGGAAACUGCUGAAGGUGUCAAGAGAUAAGAGUUUCCUGUUGGACAGAAUCCUGCAGUAUGAGAAUGUGGAUGACGACUCUUCAGAUUCUGAUGUGACGGCGUCCUCUGAAAAUAGCGACACAGAAGGAGCCCGCGGACCCAGCACCCCCAUCCCUAAAAGGAAAAGGAGUCCCCCUGCAGGCCCGGCCUCACCACCACCGUCGUCCUCUUCAGGUCUUUCCAUUCACCCAGCUGGAGGACCAUACCUCAGUGCUAUGAGCUCUCCCCCCUACACCCCGUUCCCCUCGGAAUAUCUGGCUCCUCUCCCCAAUUCCACGCCCCCCAAAUCUGAUCGCAUCAAGAGAGACAGGAAGAACAAAGGGGUUAAAUCUAAGAAGCCCAAGAUUCCACUCGGUACUCCCCCAGGUUGUGUUGGCGUUUUACCCUUCAGCCCUCGCUCAUCUAGUCUCCCUCCACUUUCCUCCACCACCAAACUCACCCCUCCUCCCCCCAUACUCAGCACAGUGCCCCAGCAGAUGUUCAGUGAUGGGGGAGAGGGCAGCGGAGACGAGGGACCCCUUGAUGGAGAUGAAGAGGAUGACUUGGUCAUUGACAUCCCAGAGUAACUGCGAUAUGUGCACAAAAGAGAGGUGGGGAGAUCAUCUCGCAUCCCAGGAAAUACAUCUGUUUCUGCUUUGUACUGCGAGCGGUGCAUCUGCCCUAGUGCAAAUGCGUUUUGUAAUUUCCCCUGGAGACGAGGACACACUGUAUGAACUGUUGGAGGAAAUGUUAGGGGUCUGGCACUAAAGGAAAUAAACCCUGUAGCUGCUCACACCUGGCGUGAAGAAAGAGUAGGAGGACUUUAUAACUGUUUAACUCGGCAACAGACAGAGUGUGCAGAGUCUCUUCCUCCUACGCUUACUGUGUGAGAGAGUCCUGUCUGUGGUUGUGAGUGACUGUGUUAAUAAACAGACUUGUUUCUUAUUGUA